GCUGACAAAGGACCUUUCAGGGGGGCACGGAAGGAGUUAACAGGAGGCUGCAGCUGCAGCAGCACUCUGCAAGGUAUGGUCCCAACAGACACAUCGGAUUAGGGGAAGGCAAACAAACCAAAUUGAAACCAUUCUUCAGCCAGUCCGACCUCUUCCUCCUGUGAUGUCACGUUACAAAUUGCCCGAGCUCUUUCUCUCUUCUCCAGAAGGAACCGGGCUGGCGAGAGGCUGCCGGGGCGCGAGGGCCGUGCUCUGCAGGAACAAACACGCUCUGGAAUUUCAUUUUCUGCCCUCGCAAGCAGCUUGUUUCCCGCCCCGUGGGGCCAGCCAGCGCUCGGAGGAGCCGGAAAGCUCGUUUUACAGAAAGGAGGCUGAAAGAGAAAUGCAAGCGCCGGCACCUCGCAGCGCCCAGGAAAUCGUUUUCUGAAGCGCACGGCCCCUGCAAAUCUGGAUGGACGAGACCCCCCCCGCCGUGACCUGCAGCCAAGAGUGAGGCACAAAGUUCUACAAGGGCUCCGUGGGAUCCAGGCCGGGGGGGAAAUGGAACUGAGCAAGCUUUGGGAUGACCUCAUCUGCCACAAAUGAUACCUUUUUUUUUUUUUUUGACUUUCCAAGACUGGCGAUGUGAUUACAAAUAGCACUAGCAAGAGGAGAGUGACCUCCCGGUGAUUGCUGCUGGAGAUGUGCGCCCCUGCUACAGAGCGGGUGCUCCUUCUCUGAAGCUUUACAGUGCAACAGGCUUACCCGGCACACCCUUCAAAUACAUCUGCAAGUUCUUCUGGCAUUUCAAAAAAAGUUGCAACAAACAUACCAGAGAAACCUCCGAGUCGCAGGACUUUUAAAAAUACCAUUAUAAUGGUAAGCUCUAAUUGUUCCACUGAGGACUCCUUUAAAUAUACUUUAUAUGGGUGUAUCUUUAGUAUGGUGUUUGUUCUCGGCCUCAUAGCAAACUGUGUUGCUAUCUACAUUUUUAUUUGUACACUGAAAGUGCGAAACGAGACUACCACUUACAUGCUUAAUUUAGCAAUAUCAGAUCUGCUCUUUGUCUUUACAUUACCCUUCAGGAUUUAUUACUUUGUAACGAGAAACUGGCCAUUUGGAGACAUUCUUUGCAAGAUUUCUGUCACCCUCUUUUACACAAACAUGUAUGGGAGCAUUUUAUUUCUGACUUGCAUAAGCGUCGAUCGCUUUUUAGCUAUAGUCCACCCCUUUCGAUCUAAGACCCUCCGAACCAAAAGGAACGCAAAAAUCGUCUGCGCUGCCGUGUGGAUAACCGUGUUGGCGGGCAGCACACCAGCAAGCUUUUUCCAGUCUACAAACCGCCGUAAUAACACUGAACAAAGAACGUGCUUUGAAAACUUCUCGGAGGACACAUGGAAAACCUACCUAUCCCGGAUUGUUAUCUUCAUUGAAAUAGUUGGGUUUUUUAUCCCGCUCAUCUUGAACGUGACCUGCUCUACUAUGGUCUUACGGACUUUGAAUAAACCACUUACAUUAAGUCGGAAUAAGUUAAGCAAGAAAAAGGUACUCAAGAUGAUUUUUGUCCAUUUGGUGAUAUUCUGCUUCUGCUUUGUGCCUUAUAACGUUACCUUAAUACUUUACUCCCUUAUGAGAACACAGACCUGGAUUAACUGCUCAGUGGUAACUGCAGUCAGGACUAUGUACCCCAUCACCCUGUGCAUCGCCGUGUCAAACUGCUGUUUUGACCCUAUAGUCUAUUACUUUACAUCGGAUACGAUUCAAAAUUCGAUAAAAAAUAAUAGGUCCACUAGACCACGGGACAUCAGAUUCUCCGAAAGACCAGUUUCAGAAAACUUCAUUCAACACAGCCUUCAGACUAUAAAAAUGAAAAUAUUUGACAGUGACUCUACAAUAUAAACUGUGUUAAAUACUACUGGGGCUAAACUGGAAUUAGAAGCCUGCACAUUUCUUCAGCUGUGGAAAUAUAUUCUCGUAUGUAUAUGUUACGCUUCCUUCACACCAGAAAAGAUGAUAAGACUGUAAAAGUGUUAAGCAUAACAGUACACGGAAAAAAAAUAUUUUAAGAAUUUCUGUCAAAUGUCAGUUCUGACAGAUUGUAUGUUAGAAAUGAACUUUUGUUUUCAGAUUAGGUUGACCAAAGUCCAAAGACUAUCUGCCAAGUCAAACACAAAUGAAAGUAAGUGUUUUUUUUUCUGUCGUUAAAGUAAUUACUCAUUUUUAAUAUCAAUAUUUGUUUCCAAAUUACUGAGGACGGGGGUGAAACUACCUGGUGUACACUGCAGGAUCCAGUUGCUGAGAAAAACAGCACCAUAUUGAUCGUAUCACUUCAGCUACCGUGCCUGCUCCGGAUUUUCCUCUUCUCUUACUCCUCCCUCCUGUCUCUCUCCGGGCACUUUCCUUCUUAGGGACCAUUACAUUCACAGGAGGCUUCGAUCAAUGGGCUACAAGAACUUUGUUACUCCCAGGUUUAUCUGAUAAAGUAUAUGCUCUCUCCACAAGCCUGGCCCCCAUAAAGCAAUUAAAUCUUCUGGUAGUUUAGGGCAUCUGGGAACAACUCAGAUAAACUGGUUUUUCUUCUCACCUCUGUCUCAGAUGUCUGUGUAAUUACAACAAAAUAACCUCUGAUGACUGAAGUUAGUGCUUCAGGUACAGUAACCACUUCAUUAAAGACUUUUGUGAGAAGUUCUUCAACUCAACAUGACUUUUGAGCAAAAUAACAUCCUCCAAAUAAGGUAACUCAAUCUCAAAGAGGCAGUUUCUUAGAAAAACAUGUCCUUUGCUAACUAGAAAUGAGCGUGUGCGUCAACCCAAAUAUUUCUUCUAGGAAACUAUUUGGUGUCCCAUAAAGAAACUCAAGAUACGGUAAUUUUUAGAGUGAAACUUACUCUCAAUCUUUGUGUUCUAUAAAUAUUUUUAACAUAAACAUUUAAAAUUUCAAAUGCUAUUUUCUUGCAAACUUUAUAAAGUAUAAAAAUAAAUUACCUGGGGCUACAUGCUGGCAAAAUUAACUGAGACACUUUGAAAAGUCAAAGCCAUGUAAAAGGAGAAAUCUACGUAUAUUACUGUUACAAACAGAAACAUAUAGACAAAAGUACUUUAAAUCAUCCUGCUAUGUAUGUUUCCCAGCUAUUAGAACAUUGUGUACAUUUUCCUCAAAAUUAAUUUAACAUUGCUGUAAAAUAAAAUAAAUAUUUAAAUGGUAAAAGCAAGCAGUAAGUGUCGUUUUUUCCUUCCCAAAAACAAGGGAGUCAAGAAUAAGAACUGAGUUAAAAUGAAUUUGCAAUUUAGAUUUAGGGAAGUCGCUUGCAACACAUAUAUAGCACUGAGGCAUUUUUAAUUCAGGCAGUAUAGGGAAUCACAAAUCAACGUUGGAGAAAAUGCAUACUGAGCUGUCACAGAGUACAUGACAUUAUCUGAAUGAGUUUACUUUCCUUUGCAAAGCUUUUGCUUAAUUGUUAUAACUAACUGUACUAAAAAAC